GAUUCCAUAAUGGUGAUCUGCUUCUCCAUCCAGUUCCAAUGUUCACAAUUAAUAUCAUCAUGAAGUGAUAGUUCUUUUAAGUCAUUAUUAACUGUAUCAUACUCAUAUUGUAGUGCAUUUAGUUUUUCAUCAAAAAUCUCCAGUUUACUAUCAAAGUGGUCCUGUAGCUUUUCAAUCCCGCCGAUUUGUUUCCUGAUUGUAUAAAUACGUAUCAUCUUUCAAAGACAGCUCAGAUUUAAUUUCUACAAUAUCCUUUGAUACAAUUUUUAAAUCAGUUUUAACUUCCUGUAUAGCAUUUAGUAUCAGUUGCGUAUCCUCCAAAGUUCCUGGUCCAGGAUUUAGUUCCACAUCAGAUGACAGCAUAAGCAGUCUGCUAUAGUAGGUUAUGUACAUUACAUAGCCUGACACUUGGACCUUAAUGGACUUUUAUAAUUAGAUACAAAUGUGUUGCUAUGUCACGAUACUUUAGAUUUUCAUUAUACUAUUUCAGUUAUCUUUUUAAUGAACAGACUAUGUUCACAAAUUAUCCUGAUAAGCUUAAUUAGCUUUAUGUUGUCAGAUAUUAACUAUCAACACUUAAUUUAACUGUGAUCAAGUGUAAAAAAGGAAAAUUGAUUUGUGUUCUUUUUUAUUCUAAACAGUACUGAUUGGGUGGCAAUCAUUUUGAUAAACAGUGAUUACAAACAUUUAUUAGCAUCCUCAAAGUGAUAAAAAAGGAAGCAGGGUGGUAAGAUUAAGAUGUUGAUGUAUACAAACAUUAUUUUCCUUAUGAUAAGUACGACAACAUGUGUUGUGCAAUACACAGAUGAUUUAAAUGAAAUGUUUCAAAAUGUCAACGACAUAUUCAGCGUUUACCGAGGACAGUCGUUUGAGAAACCUACUACAGCCGAAGAAUGUCAUGAUAUCCCACAAUGCCAUUGUAUUGACCCAGGCUCAGGGCAAGGGUUACUCGUUGACUGUAAGAGACAGAAUCUGACCGAAAUUCCAUCCAAACUACCACUCAACACAACGCAACUUAUACUGUCAAUGAAUUCUAUUUCUUCAAUACCAGCAAAUAUAUUCAAAAACUAUGUUAACAUGACAUUUUUAGACUUAUCCUACAACAAGAUAACGCAGCUCGGAAAAGAUAGCUUCAACGGAUUAGAAAACCUCAAAAUUUUAAACCUUGAAAUGAAUCAGGUCAGAUACACAAAUAUAACAAUCCAUUAUAAAACAUUUCAACCGUUGAUUCAUUUAUCUGCCAUUAACUUACAGCAAGAUUUAUCCGAAAUUUCCAAUAAAGAACGGUAUCCGAAAGAAGCUUUAGCACACUUAAUCAACUUAAAACAACUUGCCAUAGAUGUAAUGCCAACAAACGCAUUUCAUAAACAAUCUGAAGGAAUGUCAAUUUCCACAUUAAAUUAUCAAUCUCUCAAACUUGAGUAUUUACAACUAGGUGGAAUCAACCGAAGAUGUAAUAUUCCUGAAAUCUUCCAGGGUAUGUUCAAAAAUCUGCCUGACCUCCGAAAUCUGACGAUUCAAGACUGCAAAUUGAAGUCUGUUCAAAACAAAAGUUUCACUGAAUUACCAAAACUUGAAAGCCUUGAUCUUUCAAACAAUGAAGAACUUCAGUUCAAAAGUCUGGCAAAUAUAUCAUAUGGGUUACAAUUCACAAACAUUAAAACACUAAUUUUAAGAAAAAUUCAUGCAACAUUUGGGGAUUGUACGAAACUUACAGCUCAUAACUUGAGAUAUAUAUACAACUUGUCUUUGAAGUACAUAUUCUUAGACUCAAACAGACUGGCUUUAUUUGAAAGGGAUGCUGUCAAAUUCAUCCCUCGUAGUUUAAUCGGCUUAUCUCUAAAUGACAACAAACUAAUGCUCGGAAAAUAUGUCAUUCAAAUAGCCAUAAAUAUAGCAUUUAAUGACUUCUUUGCUAAUCUAAAAGUAUUUCUUAUUGCUUCGCAAAGAGUAAAUCAUAGUUUCAAAGAACUGUUUAGCCAUAUGUCAAUGCAAGAGAUACUUACGAUGCUAGGAGAUCAUCAAAAACACAAACGAUCUCUUAAUUCAGACAAACGAUCAUCAGUAGCAAAUGUGAAAUAUGAUACAAGAAACUUUGAACUCUUUGGUCCAAGAGAUGUCCUUGAAACAAGUCCAAAUACGUAUCACACAGGCAUAAAAUUUCUUUCAAGACUUCUACUGAGAUUCUUUGGAAGUAGGUGCCAAAGUUGCACAAAUAUUUCACCAUUGAUUUUACCAUUACCCCUACCAAUGAAUCUAACAGUUGCCGAUCUAAGCCACUUGGGCAUAAAAACUAUAAUCAAACCCCUUUGCUUCUGUGAAAACAAACUACAAAAUCUGUCCCUAAAUGGAAACACCUUUUGGUACUGGAAAGGACCUCUAAUGGGGUUAAAUGAAUUGACACAUUUAAAUUUGGCAUGGGACUACUGUCAAAAAAUAUCUCUCGACUUUUUUCAUCAUUUCCCAAAACUCAGGCUUUUAAAUGUAUCAGGAAACUAUCUUGGAUUUCCACUUAGUUCUGAUAACGACGGAACAAUAUUCAGCAAACUUUCAAAACUUGAGAUUCUUCAUAUGUCCUCAAAUAAAAUUCAGUUCAUGCCAACAAUUAUUUUCAAGGGACUGGAACUACUUCAGGAGUUGUACCUUGAUUCUAAUCAAAUAAACAUCGUCAACUGGAAUAUGGAUCACAUGACGGAGUUAAAAUUCAUCGAUUUAAGUGACAAUCAGAUAGUAAAGAUUGAUGGAAAUGUUCGUCAUCAAUGGAAUAAUCUCGCCUCACAACAUGCCCUGUACAUCAACCUGGCAAACAACUCUUUCAUUUGCAACUGUAUGUAUAUAGAUCAAAUAAACUGGUUUUCAGACACAAAUGUAUGUUUUAUUAACCCCCGUGGGUACAAAUGUAAGUUCAACAACAAUACCAGUGGUAACUUAAUCAGUGCUGAUGUCAUAAGCCGAUCUCUUACUAAGGAUUGUGCUAACUAUAUGACACUUAUUCUAUCAACAUCUUUGGCACUGCUCGCAACAAUAAUUUUAACAGUUUCAGGGAUAGCUUAUCGGUACCGAUGGAAUCUGCGUUAUAUGUACUACUCUGCCAAAUUCAAAUUAAAAGGUUAUAGUCCCGGAAAUACAGAAGAGGACGAAUUUGAACAUGAUGUGUUUAUAUCUUAUGCAGAUGGUGACGGAACUUUUGUGCGUCGUAAUCUAGUUCCUGAACUUGAAAAUAAUCGAGGAUUAAAUCUGCUUGUACAUGAUAGAGACUUUCAAGCUGGAAACUACGUGAAUGAUAAUAUCAUGAAGGCUAUAACGACGUCCCGUAAAACACUUAUCAUCAUGUCACGACAUUUUCUUCAAAGCAAGUGGUGUUGUUACGAAAUGAACAUGGCAAGAAUGGAAGGGAUUCAGACAGGACGUGAAGUGAUAUGUAUCUUAAUGAAGGAAGAAGUUCCAACUUCUGGUCUGCCUCUGGAAAUCAUUGACAUCAUAAGGAACAAAACAUACAUAGAAUGUCCCGCAGAAAAUCCGAAUCAUCUACAACAGUUUUGGGACCGGCUCGCUGAUGCCAUAAUAAAUUAACAAUAUUUUGAUCAAUACUAUCCUUCCUUAACUUGCAAGAACAUAGUGAUUACCUUUUGCCACCAGUUUAGAGCUCGUCCAGCCUAUACAUCCAUGCAGUCUGACCAAGCUCUAAACUGUUGGUAGCUCAAUUUUUGUAUUUUGAUAUUGAAAUCUCUUUAACUUUAUAUUGAUUGUUUUAAAAUUCAAAACUAGGCACAAAUAAGGCAAAAUCAGUAAGUUAUGGGUAAAUUUUCAUGUUAAUAUAAAAGUAGUAACAGAAAACCUUUAAAAUUUUGUCUUAUGUGGAACACAGCAUGUGGAGUAAACAUGUAUAUUUUUUAUGAUUUACCUGGAGUAGGACCGUCUGCUUGUUUAAUUGGCUGCUCACGCCAGAAGUCUUGGUAUGCAUCCAUCUUUAACCAUGUUGAAGAUGGUACUUCAUACACCUUAUUCUUAGCUUCAUCUGUCAAUCUUAACUGUGAAUUCAUAAAUAAAACAUAGAUCAAACAAAAUUUUAGUACAGAAUUCAUGUAAAAAACAUAUUUUACUUGGAUUUUGGAACUGAUCAUAGUUUUUUUCAGGGAUUUAUGAAGACAUAAAUAUCUAAAACUGACUAGAAGCAGCUAACAAACAGACAUGAAGUCUUCAAUGUUAUUAAAUUCUGAAAAAACACUUUCUUUCAACUUCUUAUAAUAAUUUUUUAUCAAUCUUCAAGAAGUAUAAAUGGUCAAUAUUUGUGAUGAAAACAGCAAUUUUAUUGUUAUAUCUAUCUGAAUUAUAAGACAAAAUAAUAUCUAUACAUACGAAAUUUUGCAUCACAUAUAUUGAUCCAUAUUCCAUGUAUAUAAUAUUGUAUAUAUAUUUGCUGAAUUCAUGUAGUAAUGUAUAUGUUUUAAACGAAACAUUCUGUUUUAUUUGACUUUUAUUUCUGCAUUAACGUCACAUUCCAUUUAGCUUAUAGUUAAACAGAUGCUGCAUCAUUUGUUAUUUUACAAACCUUAUUUUUUUCUGAAGAAGACUAAAAUAAAAUGUCAAA